AUGGCCGACUCUGCCCCCACCCACUCCAACCAGCCCCAGAAGAGGAAAUUCAACGAGGGAAAGAGACAUUUCAAGAAGAACAAGAAGCAAAAGCCAACUACCGUCAAGGAGGGUUCCAACGAGGAAGUCCUGAUUGCCGACGUCCGCGCCUUGCUCGAGAAGCACUCGAUCAGCUCAAAGCCUGCCGACGGCCAAGCAGAAGAACAAGCUCCCAUUGCUCAACUGCCAGAACCUUUCACAGAGUACGACCUGACCAUCUCCGAUCUCUCGUCUACUGGUGACGGUCUCGCUCUCAUUCCUGGAACUUCUCAAGUCGCCGUUGUUCCCUUCACUGCUCCCGGCGACAAGGUCACGGUUAAGAUCAUCAAGCAUCUCCAAGACACAAACUACACCUUGACAGACUUUGUCAAAGUCCUCGAACCCUCGACACACCGCGAUGACUCUCUCGUCAAGUGUGGCUACUUUUCAAAAUGUUCUGGCUGUCAAUUCCAGUUCCUCCCCUACCAAUACCAGCUGCAUCACAAGAGAAGCAUCGUCGAGAAGGCCUACAAGAACUUUUGCACCUUGCCUGCACACAUGAUUCCUACUGUGGGCGACACAAUCGGCUCACCCCUGCAAUACGGAUACCGCACGAAACUCACUCCUCACUUCGAUGGUCCUCCUGGUGGAAGGAGAGACAGACGCCAAGGUGUCAAGGCUGUCUUCCCGGAAGUGCCUCCGAUCGGCUUCAUGCUGAAGGGCACUCGCAAGACUAUGGACAUUGAGGACUGCCCUAUCGGCACUGAUGCUGUUCGCAUGGGUAUGAAGAGUGAGAGAGAACGAGUCAAUGUCGAGCUGGACAAGUACCAACGUGGUGCAACUCUCCUGCUUCGCGAGAGCACAAAGCGCAUCGACAAGAACCAUCUACCUCAAGAUCAACAAACAGACGCUGUCAAGAACUACAUUGACGAAGACCGCGGUACCCACAUCCACCGCAAGACCUGUGUAACAGACCAAAACGCAGUCUCUACCGAAUACGUCGACGAUUUCCGUUUCGACAAUCCCGCCGGUUCUUUCUUCCAAAACAACAACUCCAUCCUCCCAACCUUUACACAAUACAUCCGCGACAACAUCCUGCCCAAAGACCUUCCCGCAGACGCACCCAAGAUCACAAACCUCAUCGAUGCAUACUCUGGCAGUGGUCUGUUUACAGUAACACUCUCUCCCCUCUUCACAAACUCCAUCGGCAUAGACGUGUCUUCAAAGUCGAUCGAAUUCGCCUCCAAAAACGCAAAACUCAACAACAUCCCACCCACCUCCGCCCGCUUCCUAGCCGGCGACGCCAACAACAUUUUCGCCGAAAUCAAGUUCCCGGCCAGAGAAACUGCUGUAGUCAUUGAUCCUUCCCGCAAAGGCUGUGAUGAGAACUUCUUGGGACAGCUGUUGAAGUAUGGACCAGAGAGAGUCUGCUAUGUCAGUUGUAAUGUGCACACACAAGCUAGAGAUGUUGCUGUGCUGGUUGGUGGCUUAUCUGGUGUUAACGAGGGCAAGGGGUUGUAUGAGAUUGAGAGUUUGAGAGGCUUUGACUUUUUCCCGCAGACGGGGCAUGUGGAGGGAGUUUGCUUUUUGAGGAAGAAGAAGGAUGAAGCUGCUGUUGAUGCCCCUACUGCUGUUGCUCCUGCUGCUGUUGCUCCUACUGCUGAGUAG